AUGUCCCUGUCCCCAGACAGCUUCACGCCCCCGCCGCGGAAUGGCAUCCAGACAGCUUACCCCGAUGACACCAUCAAAAUCAUGCUCGCGACAGACAACCAUAUUGGUUAUAUGGAGCGCGAUCCAAUAAGAGGGCAAGACUCUAUCAACACCUUCAAAGAAAUUCUAGAACUGGCCGUCAAGCACGAAGUCGAUUUCAUUUUGCUUGCCGGUGAUCUGUUCCAUGAAAACAAGCCCUCGAGAGAUUGCCUUUACAAAGUAUCAGCACUGCUGCGCGAGUAUACCCUAGGGAGCAAACCAGUAGAAAUCGAACUCCUAAGUGAUCCACUGGAAGGACAGGCUGAUGGUUUUUCAUUCCCCGCGAUCAACUACGAAGACCCCAACCUCAACGUUGCCAUACCCGUGUUCUCAAUACACGGAAACCACGACGAUCCACAAGGGGCAGGAGCCGAAGGUGCACUAUGCGCUCUAGAUAUCUUGUCAGUGUCAGGCCUUGUCAAUUAUAUGGGGAAGAUCGACCUCCCGCUCUCUGACGCCGAAGCUCCCACCACAGGGAUCGCAGUGAAGCCUGUCCUCCUUCGCAAGGGUAACACCAGGCUGGGCCUGUACGGCAUCGGAAAUGUUAAGGACCAGAGGAUGCACUUUGAGCUCAGAAGUAACCGCGUGCGGAUGUUCAUGCCCAAAGACAAGGACAAAUGGUUCAACAUGUUACUACUGCAUCAAAACAGAGUCAAGCAUGGACCGCAGGAGUUUGUUCCGGAGGGAAUGUUUGACGAGAAUAUUGACUUGGUCGUCUGGGGACACGAACAUGAUUGCCGAAUUAUCCCAGAACCAGUGGCGGGCAAGAAAUACUACAUUACCCAACCUGGUUCAUCAGUGGCCACAUCCCUUGCCGAUGGAGAAGCCAUUGAGAAGCACGUAGCACUGUUGCAGAUCCAGGGCAAGGAAUUCGGAUUGACCCCCAUUCCUCUUCGCACAGUACGGCCUUUUGUGAUUGAGCAGUUGGUGCUGAAUGAGGUGGCCGAUGACGAGGGAAUUAAUCUUAAUGACCAGAUGUCUAUUACUAAAUUCUUGAAAGCAAAGGUUAACAACUUGAUCGAGCAGGCGGAUCAAAUAUGGGAAGAACGCAACACAAAAGCAUUAGCAGAAGGGGAACCGGAAGUCCCACGCAUGCUCCCUCUCGUCCGUCUAAAGGUCGAUACAACAGGUGUCACCGAAACCUCCAACCCGAUCCGCUUCGGACAGGAAUUCCAAGGGCGCGUCGCUAACCCGCGCGACCUGCUCGUCUUCCACCGCAGCAAGAAGCCUGUAGCGCGCGGGGCGGCAGGCCAUCGUGUGCAUGCGGAUGAGCCUGAGCUGAGCAUCGACGACCCGGGCCUGACCAACGCGGAGAAGCUCUCCAAAAUCCGCGUUGGCACGCUCGUGCGGGAGUAUUUGGUUGCGCAGGAGUUGCAGUGCUUGGGUGAAGGCGGCAUGUCGGAUGCGAUCCAGCUGUUUGUGGAGAAGGAUGAUGCGAAUGCUAUUCAAAUGCAUGUGAACAAGUCGUUGAAAAACCUAUUAAGUAAAUGUUCGGGCACCGAGGACGUUGAGCUGGGUGAGGAGGAAGUCGAUGAUCUGCUAGACAAAGCGAAGGAACAACAAGAAAAGGAGUAUCAGGAACAAUACCGUGUAGCGCAAGCUAAGGCUGCUGAGAAGAAAAAGAAAGAUAAUGAAAAAGAUUCGGAUAAGGAGUCUGUUGAUUCGAUGAUGAUGGACCUCGAUAUCGACGCGGGCGACUCCGAGUUCGACCAGCUUGACUCGGAGGACGAGCGGCCUCCUCCUAAGAAAAGGGGUGCAGCAGCUACCACUACUACGACGGCUAGGUCCAGGGCAAAGGCUCCUGCCAAAGCACCCGCGAAGGCGCCAGCAAAGAGGGCACCAGCGAAAGGGAAGGGCAAAAAAGUUCAAAGCGACUCGGAUGAUGUGAUUGAUUUGGACAAUGAUGAGGAAGAUGAUGAUGUUGAGGAGGAAGAAGCCCCCAAGCCUGUGAAACGUACUAACCGAUUGGCUGUACUCAGCCAACCCGCCGCGAAGAAAGCGCCUGCGAAGAAAAAGGCAGCCACCCCCGCUCCGAAGCAGAGCCAGCUCACGUUCGCUCCCGCUGCGCGGUCAUCCGGCACCCGCACAGCUGCGACAAAGGCGAGAGGGAAGAAGGUUGUUGACGACGAUGAUUUCGAUGACGAUUGA